GGUGAAAAGAGCAGAUUUUGGGGCAGAGGGGUAGAUUUUGGGGUGAAAAAGACCAAUUUCCAAAACCGUGGGUGAGGGGCGGGUUUUGGGUGAAAAAGGCAGACUUUUGAGAGAAAUUUUAGGGUGAAAAGGGGCGGAUUUGGGGCUAAAAUUGCAGAGAUUGAUGCCUGAAGGGGGAUUUUGGGGUGGAAAGGGCAGAUUUUGGGGUGGAAAGCACGGAUUUGGGGGUAAAAUGGCAGAUUUUGGAGUGGGAAACACAGAUUUUGGGGUGGAAAAGGCCAGUUUUGGGGUGAAAGUGGCAGGUUUUUGGGGUAAAGGCAUUUUUGGUGUGAAAGUGGCAGAUUUUGGGGUGAGAAGCGCUGAUUUUGGGGUGAAAAGGGCCGAUUUUGGAGUGGGAAACACAGAUUUUGGGGUGGAAAAGGCCAGUUUUGGGGUGAAAGUGGCAGAUUUCGGGUGAAAAGAGCAGAUUUGGGGGUGAGAAGCACUUUGGUGUGGAAAGGGCAGAUUUUGGGGUAGAAAACACUGAUACUGGGGUGAGCAGCACUGAUUUUGGGGUGAAAAGAGCAGAUUUUGGGGUGAGAAGCACUGAUUUUGGGGUGAAAAGAACAGAUUUUGGGGAUGGAAGCACUGAUUUGGGGAGCCGCGAUGGCGCCGCCGGUGGCCGCGCUGAGCCCGGAGCAGAAGAAGGAGCUGGCGGGGAUCGCGCAGCGCAUCGUGGCGCCCGGCAAAGGCAUCCUCGCCGCGGAUGAGUCCACCGGCAGCAUCGCCAAGCGGCUGAGCUCGGUGGGCGCCGAGAACACGGAGGAGAACCGGCGCUGGUACCGGCAGCUGCUCUUCACGGCCGACAGCCGCGUGGACGCCUGCAUCGGCGGCGUCAUCCUCUUCCACGAGACCCUCUACCAGAAGACGGACGAUGGGCGCCCCUUCCCCGAGGUCAUCCGCAGCAAGGGCGCCCUCGUGGGCAUCAAGGUGGACAAGGGCGUCGUGCCCCUGGCUGGCACCAACGGCGAGACCACGACCCAGGGCCUGGACGGGCUCAUGGAGCGCUGUGCCCAGUACAAGAAGGACGGGGCUGACUUUGCCAAGUGGCGCUGCGUGCUCAAGAUCUCGGCGCACACCCCCACCCGUCUCGCCGUCCUGGAGAACGCCAACGUCCUGGCCCGCUACGCCAGCAUCUGCCAGCAGAACGGCAUUGUCCCCAUCGUGGAGCCCGAGAUCCUCCCGGAUGGGGACCACGACCUGAAGCACUGCCAGUACGUCACCGAGAAGGUGCUGGCAGCCGUCUACAAGGCGCUGAGCGACCACCACGUCUACCUGGAGGGGACGCUGCUGAAGCCCAACAUGGUGACCCCCGGCCACGCCUGCACCAAGAAGUACAGCCCCGAGGAGAUCGCCAUGGCCACCGUCACCGCGCUGCGCCGCACCGUGCCCCCCGCCGUGCCCGGCAUCACGUUCCUGUCGGGGGGCCAGAGCGAGGAGGAGGCGUCCCUCAACCUGAACGCCAUCAACCGCUGCCCCCUGGCCCGGCCCUGGGCCCUCACCUUCUCCUACGGGCGCGCGCUGCAGGCCUCGGCCCUCAAAGCCUGGGCUGGCAAGAAGGACAACACCAAAGCGGCGCAGGAGGAGUACGUCAAGAGGGCCCUGGCUAACUCCCAGGCGUGCCGCGGUCAAUACACCCCGUCGGGCACCGCGGGCGCCGCCGCCAGCGAGUCGCUGUUCGUGUCCAACCACGCCUACUGACGUCGUGCGUCAUCACGCCGGGACGCGCCCACACCCCCACUCCCCCCCUUCCAGUCGUCCCCCCCCCCCUCCCCCCCGCUCUGUACCCGCUGCGGCGCGAGAAUAAAAUGGACACGGAUGGA